AUGGCGUCUCUCUCCUUCACCCAAUUCCUAUCAUUCCCCAGAUGCAAUGCAGAUGUGCCUUAUCUCCAGUCACUGGGUUUUGUGAAGUUUCGAGGUGAAAGAUGGAAUGCGAAACAGAGCCUUUUCAUAGCUGCUGGUAGAAAAAAGUUAUCAAUAUCAGCACCUCUUGGAGAAGAAGAAGAAAAUGGUGGAAAUGGAGCUGUUGGGGGAAAGAAAUCACCCAAAACCCCUAAGAAAAGCGGUGCUCGAACAACAACGAAGAAGAAGAAGAAGGUGGUAGCAAAGGAUGAACCUUUAGAAGAAAGCUCUGAACUUUUGGUAGAUAAUGAUGUUUUAGACAAGGAAGACGACACAAAGACAGCAAGUGAGCCACGGAAAACUAGAAAGAAAGCUGUAGCAGCUUCUUCUGAUGUGGAUGAAGAAGGAAAAACCGAGAAGAAAGUGAGACGAAAGAGGACUACUAAACAGGAUAAAGAAAUAGAGGAUGCUUCAGGUAUAAAUAAUACAUAUGAUGAGGUUAGUGAUGUAGAGGAAGCCUUGGCUGUUGAAAGCGCUGAUGUUGAGAGUGAAGGAGAAGAGAUUGAUCUGAAUAAACGUGAAAGUGAAGAUAUUAGCCACACAUAUGGAUGGCCUCCUCUUGUGUGCUGCUUUGGAUCUGCGCAACAUGCUUUCGUGCCAUCGGGAAGACCAGCAAACAGGCUUUUAGACUAUGAGCUACAAGAACGGAUGAAAGACGCGGUGUGGUCACCGGAGAAGUAUAUCAGGGCUCCCGGAGGAUGUGCAGGAGGUGUUGCUAUUGCUCUUGCAAGCUUAGGUGGUAAGGUUGCUUUCAUGGGCAAACUUGGGGAUGAUGACUUUGGUCAAGCCAUGUUGUAUUACCUCAAUGUGUGCAAUGUCCAAACGAGAUCAGUGAGGAUCGAUGGGAAAAGGGUCACGGCGUGUUCUACUAUGAAGAUGAGCAAGAGAGGUCGCUUGAAAUCGACUUGUGUCAAACCCUGUGCAGAGGAUUCACUUUCUAAAUCUGAAAUCAACGUUGAUGUGCUCAAAGAGGCGAGAAUGUUCUACUUCAGCACGCAUUCUCUGCUGGAUAAGAAGAUGAUGUCAACUACACUACAAGCCAUCAAGAUAGCAAAGAAACUAGGGAAUGUCAUUUUCUAUGACUUGAACCUGCCCUUCCCGCUAUGGCAGUCCAGUGAAGAAACCAAGAGUUUCAUACAAGAAGUGUGGGAUCUUGUAGAUGUAAUUGAAGUCACGAAACAGGAACUUGAGUUCUUAUGUGGAAUAGAAGCGACUGAAGAGUUCGAUACAAGGAACAACGACAGCAGUAAGUUUGUUCAUUACGGGCCAGAAACUGUGGAACCGCUCUGGCAUGAAAAUCUCAAGGUCUUGUUUGUAACCAAUGGCACUUCUAAGAUCCAUUAUUAUACCAAAGAGCACGAUGGUGCUGUUCUUGGAAUGGAGGAUGUUCCCAUUACUCCUUUUACAAGGGAUAUGUCAGCAUCUGGAGAUGGUAUUGUUGCAGGUCUAAUAAGAAUGCUUACGAUUCAGCCAGAUCUUAUAAACGACAAAGGGUAUUUGGAACGCACAGCAAGAUAUGCGAUUGAGUGUGGGGUUGUUGAUCAAUGGUUGCUGGCACAAACCCGAGGAUAUCCUCCAAAGGAUGACAUGGAAGAAGAAGAUGAUGAUGAUGAUGAUGAAGAUGAAGUGGAGUCAAAUCCAGACGGUAUAAGAUCGAUUACAGAGAGGGAGUACCGAACCUCGAAGCCUUAUGAUGAACCAGAUGGUCCAUACGUUAUGAAACCAGUAGAGGAAAGGGAAUACCGGAGGUUAGAGCUUGUUGGCUCAAUAGGUGAAGAUGAUGAUAGUUCUUGA